AAGCCCCCACUGAGCGUGCGCACACCCGGCCGCUACAGCCCUCUGGGCUGCGGAGCCGGAGUUGGUCCCAAAGCGGAAGUGCUUCUCGGGGCCAGUUUUCGUAACGGUCUCCUCUGCAGCGAGCACAAAAUCUGUGUCGAGAGAGAGGUUGAGGGGGCGAGUGCACAGUGACCUGCGCUAAGGGUUCAUACGCACCCCUCAAGCUCCUCCUUAGGCGCCCCCGCCUCUCCCUCUGUUCCUCUCCCCUUGCCCGAGCCCCGAGGUAGGGGCCUUGUGUGAAUGCUCCAGCUGAAGUGAAUCUGCACCCGAAGGCUUCCUUCUGGCUCCUGGGCAAGACGUCCCCAGUGAGCUCAGGCUUCACACAUCUCUGUCUUUUCCCAAGAAGAGCAGGAAAUGGCCAAACCCCAGGGACUCAUGACAUUUGAGGAUGUGGCUGUGGAUUUCACCCAGGAGGAGUGGCAGUACCUGAACCCUCCACAGAGGAACCUGUACAGAGAUGUGAUGCUGGAGACCUACAGCAACCUGGUCUCUGUGGCAGGGCAGCAGGUUACCAAACCAGAUCUCAUCCUCAAAUUGGAGGUAGAAGAGCCAUGCCUGCCAGAAGGAAAAAUCCCAAUUUGGAGCUUUCCAGAAGAAGCCUGCCAGGUUGAUGAACAGUUUGAGAGACAGCAUCAGGAUGACCAAGAUAAAUAUCUGAUGCAAGUUGGAUUCCCUGACAGGAAAACAAUUACCACCAAGAGUGGCCUUGACUAUAAUGAAUUUGGAAAUAUACUUCAUCUGAGUACAAACCUUGUUGCUUCAAUACAAAGGCCCCAUAAAUAUGAGUCAUUUGGAUAUAAUAUGGUAGAUAAUUUAGACUUAUUUAAUAGAAGCUCUGCAGGAAAGAAACAUGAUAAUGAAUGUGCAAAAUUAUUCUUCCAUACUGAGUAUGAGAAAACAACUCCUGGAGUAAAACCCUAUGGAUAUAAAGAGUGUGGGAAGACCCUCAGGCAAAAGAAAGGUCUUAGUCUACAUCAGAGAAUUAAAAAUGGAGAGAAACCCUUUGAAUGUACUGCAUGUAGGAAAACCUUCAGCAAGAAGUCACACCUCAUUGUACAUUGGAGAACUCAUACAGGAGAGAAACCCUUUGGAUGUACAGAAUGUGGAAAAGCCUUUAGCCAAAAAUCUCAGCUCAUUAUACACCUGAGAACUCAUACAGGAGAGCGACCCUUUGAGUGUCCAGAAUGUGGAAAAGCCUUCAGAGAAAAGUCAACUGUCAUUAUACAUUACAGGACUCAUACGGGAGAGAAACCUUAUGAAUGUAACGAAUGUGGAAAAGCCUUCACUCAGAAGUCAAACCUCAUUGUCCAUCAGAAAACCCACACAGGAGAAAAAACUUACGAAUGCACCAAAUGUGGGGAAUCUUUCAUACAGAAGCUUGAUCUAAUUAUACAUCAUAGUACUCAUACAGGAAAGAAACCCCAUGAAUGUAAUGAGUGUAAGAAAACUUUCAGUGAUAAGUCAACUCUCAUUAUACAUCAAAGAACUCAUACGGGAGAGAAACCUCAUAAAUGUACGGAAUGUGGGAAGUCUUUCAACGAGAAGUCAACCCUCAUUGUGCAUCAGCGAACUCAUACAGGAGAGAAACCCUAUGAAUGUGAUGUGUGUGGGAAAACCUUCACCCAAAAGUCAAACCUUGGUGUACAUCAAAGAACUCAUUCAGGAGAGAAACCCUUUGAAUGUAAUGAAUGUGAGAAAGCAUUCUCUCAGAAAUCCUAUCUCAUGCUACACCAGAGAGGUCAUACAGGAGAGAAGCCCUAUGAAUGCAAUGAAUGUGAAAAAGCAUUUUCCCAGAAAUCAUAUCUCAUUAUACAUCAAAGAACGCAUACAGAAGAAAAACCCUAUAAAUGUAAUGAAUGUGGCAAAGCCUUCAGAGAAAAGUCGAAGCUCAUUAUACAUCAGAGAAUCCAUACAGGAGAGAAGCCCUAUGAAUGUCCUGUAUGUUGGAAGGCUUUCAGCCAGAAGUCACAGCUCAUAAUACAUCAGCGAACACACACAGGAGAGAAACCCUAUGCGUGCACUGAGUGUGGCAAAGCCUUCAGAGAAAAAUCAACAUUCACUGUACAUCAGAGAACUCAUACUGGAGAGAAACCCUAUAAGUGUACAGAAUGUGGGAAAGCCUUUACUCAAAAGUCAAAUCUUAUUGUACAUCAGAGAACACAUACAGGAAAGAAAGCCCAUGGGAAAGGCCAUACCCGGAAGUCUAAGCUCAUUUCACAUUAGAGAGUCAACAGUGCAGUUAUCUUCACUGAAGGAAAGUUUUGUCAGUUUAAACAUUUUAAAAGUAUGUUCUGACUUCUGGUUUAAAUAUGGGGAGUAAAGUCAGCCUUUUUUCCUUUCCACCUCAGUCUUCACCCAAAAGCUACUAGGAGAAAAAGAAGUGGACGUGUAAUCUCUGUAUCUGACAAAAUUAGGAGAUCGCUGAAACCCUGAUGAGAGGGCUGCCAGAGGCAGAGGAAAUCAAGCACCAGUGCAAGGAGAUUUCAAAGGCUAGAGAGGAGUGGUCAAGGCUGCAGAUGUGAGAUAGCACUGGUAAGGACUCUUAGCCGAGUUUUAGGCGGAGUGCAAGACCAAAUAGAUACAUAACAAUGGUAACAGAGAGCAUGGGCAGGUGGGACGUUUCCUAGACCCAUUUGGAGUCUCAGGAGAGACAGGCAGGGGCCUCAACAAGGAAUUGCUCAGACAAGCCAUAUUUGCAGAAAGUAGUCUAUACUCAUGAGCAGAGCAGUUGGCAGGGGCUGGGGAAAGAGAAGGGAGUGUUCUUGUAAAGAACCCAACAGCUGCCCCUAUUUACUGACUCUGGAAAGUCAAAUCUGAAAAACCUACCAAAUGCAAAAGUAAUUCCAGUUAGAAAAACUCUGAUCUGCCUAGAAUGUGGCCCCAUUUCUUCCCUUACAUGAACUUCCAGCAAACAACAAGUCCAGGAAAAACUCUUACUCAAUGAGGAGUGAUUCCAAGGCAAUCAAAACCAUAAAUGUACAUGGCUUUUGAGCCAGCAGUUCCACUUCUAGGAAUGUAUAUACUCAUGCAUGUACAAAAUGAUGAACACACAGAGGUAUUCAGUGAUGCACUGUUUGUGAAAACAAAAGAUUGGAAGCUUUCCACAUGGCUCCUGAAAUCCUGGAAUGUUCGCACAGCAACCUUUUAGGUAGACAAAAAAAAAAAAAAAAAAAAAAAAGGAUAAAGAGAACUUGGACACCAUUUGUGUAGUGAUGUGGGAUGACCUCCAAUAUACAUUAUUAGAAAAGCAAGGUGCAGGAUACUGAGGAUAAUAUGCUACCAUUUGUAAGUAAAAAGGAGAACAAAUGGUGAAUACAUAAUUGAGUAUAUAUGCAUAAACUAUCUCUGGAAAGAUACACGAGAAGCUGGGAACCCUGAUUACCUCUGGGAAAGGGAAGGGGAAGUGGGUGGCUGGAGGGAAGGAAUUGGGAGGGAGACAACUGUAUAUCCUUUCAGAACUUUUGAAAAUUGUACUAUGUGGAUGUACUACCUUUUCAAAAAAUAAAACUUUUUAAAAAGCAUAUUUUCUAUUACUGUUCUAAUGAAGUCAGAUUCUAGAUGUAGGAUUUCAUAACAUUUAGUAUAGAUAUGCUCAAUGUGGAGUUUAAUUUUUUUAGAGUGAGUAAAUUGAAUUAUCAGUCAAACAAACAAAACAGAUAUCCAGCCAGUUCCAAAGGCACACAAGCAUUGCUUUCUUGAGGUUGCCAAAUAAAGUGAUUCUAAGGUCAGCUGGGGCUACAUUAUGUAAAUCUACAAUAAUUGAGACUGGAAUACAUUUCUUAUUUAGUAUGCACAGUGACAUCUGUGAAAAUUUCCUGUACUAAAGCCUGCCAAUGCCUUUCUGUAUCUUAAAACGAUUUAAAUUACUUCAUUCAUGCAUGUGUGUGUAUUCUUUUUACAAGAGAUAUAAAGCAUAAAUCCACAGAGAGGUUGAAUAACUUGCCCCCCAAAUCACACCUCUGCUGGUGACAACAUUUUCCAAGGUGAGAGACAGAUUGAAAGACAUGAUCUUAAUGGACACAGCCAAAGUCCAUGUAAUAGCACUUUUGCUCCAGAAGGAGAGGUCCCACUGUAUGAAUGACCAUAUUUGUGGCCCUCACCCUAUUGUGGUUUUUCACUGAGGCCAUCUCCGUGGUGGAAUCAAGCUUAGUAGAUGCAAACUAUUACAUUGAGAAUGGAUAAACAACAAGGUCUUAAUGUAUAGCACAGGGAACUAUAUUCAAUAUCCUGUGAUACCACCAUAAUGGAAAAGAAUAUGAAAAAGAAUGUAUAUAUGUAUAACUGAAUCACUUUGCUG